CGGGAUCAACCCGGGAUCAACCCGGGAUCAGCCCCGGGGUCUCCCCGGCUCCGCUGCAGCCGCGGCCGAGCUGCGGAGGAGGAGGAGGAGGAGGAAGCGCCGCUGCCCAGCCCCAAAUUCAGCAGAGGAGGCGAAAAUGGGCCGGAAAAAAAUCCAGAUCAGCCGGAUUUUGGAUCAGCGGAACCGGCAGGUGACCUUCACCAAGCGGAAAUUCGGGCUGAUGAAGAAGGCGUACGAGCUGAGCGUGCUGUGCGACUGCGAGAUCGCCCUGAUCAUCUUCAACAGCGCCAACCGCCUGUUCCAGUACGCCAGCACCGACAUGGACAAGGUGCUGCUCAAGUACACCGAGUACAGCGAGCCCCACGAGAGCCGCACCAACUCCGACAUCCUCGAGACGCUGAAACGCAAAGGGCUGGGGCUGGAGAGCCACGAGCUGGAGCUGGAGGAAGGGCCCGAGCCGCCCGGGGACAAAGGGAGAAGGAGCGGGGAGGGCGUGGAGCUGUCGCUGGCCAGGCCGAGGUUUUAUAGCCCGGUGCCCCUGCCCGAGGCCGCCUAUGGCAGCUCCCCCCCGGCCCCCGACGCCUCCCUGGGCAGCUCCCCGCAGCCCCAGGGCCGCUCUCCCGCCUUCAGACCCGCGGCCCCAAAGCCACCAGGACGGUCCCCAGGGCCACUGCCCCCAGGUCUCAGCUACCCCCUGUUCCCCGCCGCCAGCCUGAGCCGCGCCCUGGCCACCAAGACGCCGCCGCCGCUGUUCCUGGGGGCCGAGAGCCGGCGUGGCGAGUCCCAGGGCGGCGUGGCGAGCGGCCGGAGCGCGCGGCCGCUGUACCCCGCCCUGCAGACGCUGAGCCCCGUGCUCAGCCCGGGCAGCUCCGGCCUCCCGAGCCACGGCCUCGCCGGCUUCCCCUUCCUCAGCCCGGCCCCAGCGGAUUUUGGGGCUGGCGAGGUCCCGCCGCCCCCCGGCUUCCUGCAGCCCCCGGCGUGGGGGAACGCCCGGGACGUGGCAGCGCUGGGGGCCAGCAGCCGCAUCGUCCCCGCGGAGGAGCCGCCCGCUGUCCCCGGCGCGUCCCCGCAGCACCAGGCCAUCAGCAUCAAGUCUGAGCGGGUGUCGCCGGGGCUGGGCUGUCCCCCGGGCCACCCCCAGCCCUCCCUGGCCAGCCUGGCCACCCUCAGCGAAGCCUCCCGAGCCCCCGGCGACCUCCAGCCCCGCGAUGACUUCGCCAAGGGAUUCCCUCCCUACGCGCUGGGGCCGGACGAGCAGAGGGUCGCUGUCCCCGUGAGGAGGGGACAGCCCGUGGACGUUUGGCAGAGAUAGCGAGGCCGGAGGGGUGCGGGGAGAGGGGGGAAACCCCGCGUGGGGGAGCAGCCCCCCGCUUCUUCCCCGUCCUCAGCCCCUCGGGGAGUGGCGCCCGGCGGUGACACCGGGUGACACCGGGUGACACCGGGCUCGCUGUGUCCCACUGUCACCCUGGGGGUGCAGCUCGCUGAGACCCCCCCCCCUCCCUGGAGCCCCCAAAUGCCACCAAGUCCCCUCCUGCCACCCCCCUGCGAGGCAGCGCUGUCGCCGUGUCCCUGUCGGGCACUGUCCCUGCGCGUCCUUGCGCCUGUCCCCGCGCCACCAGCGUGUCCCCAAAGCCAGCGGGAGUGGCCGGGAAGCGCCACGCGGUGGCAGCAGGACUGAGAGCAGCGGCGGCGGCUCCGAGCCUGCGUCCCCCGGCCCGGGGGGACAGGGGACAGCGAGGGGACAGGGGACA